AUGAAAUCGCGGCGCAACACCCCGGAUUCUGAGGCCGAGGCCAACGGCAGUAAGCCGCGGGCAUCGCGAGCGACGCAGGACAGUGCCCUUUCGGGCAUGUCAGUCGAGAUGAACGCCUGGACACGGCGAAACGGUAGCAGCCAGAGUAACUACAGCAGCAGCCACGGCAACAACGACAACACCAAUGUCACUGGCUUCCCACAGCCGAGGUCGCCCAACACCGCAACGGCACCACUUGGACAAUUGCCCAUUGUCCCGGUGCCACAAGCUGUCUACCAAUCGACGUACCGACGGGCCUCGUCAUCUUCAUCGCAGGAUGGCCGCAACUCGGGGCGAGGCUCACGCGGCAACGGCGCAAUGCGGCCGACGCCCGUCCCCACGUUCAGCGUUGACGGCGAGGAAAUGUACUUUCCGCUGUCACCAGCGCCGCCCAAGCGCAAAAGCGAUACGGGCACGCGUCUGACACACGGGUCGGAGAGCGACGUGCUGCCGCCCGAAGACCGCAACUAUCCUGUGCCCGUCUUUAACGCGGCGCAGUUCCAGCUGCCACCACAACAAGAGCCCCUGCCGCAGCAGCAGCCGCAGCGUCAGCAGCAGCAACAAAACCAGCAACAAAAUCAACAACAACAACCAUCAAGCACGCAUCUACGAAUUAUCCACGCAUCAGCAACCGGUCCGCCAUCCAUCUAUUGGUCGGACGACGGCGCCAGCGCAGUCGACAGUACAGGUGGCGGCAACAACGGCAGCGGCAACGGCGGUGGUGCCGAGACAGCAACCUUUGCCACGGCCACCAAUCCGUCCGCUUUCACCUUCUACCGGGAAGGAACCCCACCACCAGGCCAUCGCAACUUGAGUGACGACGACGACGACGAUGACGACGACGAUUAUGAUGACGACGACAACGGCGCCAUUCAGACGGAAAAGCUUAACCCCCACCGCUCCCAGUUCCGCGAGAUUGGCCUCGCCGUGUCGACACCCAAGCACAGCAGCAAUCAGAAGACGACUGCGUCUGGUUUCCGGGACUUGACCGGGGGCAGCAGUGGUGCCGGCAGCGGUGGUGGCGGCGGUGGGAACGGUCGCCGGCCAGGUCAGAGGGGUGGCGCCGACGAGGAGGACGACAUGAAUCGCGAGGAAGGGAACCUGGCCGAGAUAGAAUUUGUCAACGGACGCUAUGUGCCGCCCGGCCUACGUGAGGGACGCAUGCCAGGCCGCAAGCCGGUGUCCGAGAACCACGACGACGCAUCCGACAGCUACUACGAGCGCGACCGCAGCGGUCGCCAGUUCUGGUACGUGGCCGGCUUCAUUGUCUUCUUGAUUCUCGCCGUGGCCAUCGGCGUUGGCGUCGGUGUCGGCAUUGGCCUCUCCAAAAAGAGCAGCGACGAACUUAUGGCGCGGCCGAAUGCGACCGCGCCGGCCGCCACUGCCAGUAGCAGUGCCGCCAGUGGUGUUGGUGCCGCGGCGGCGACUCUCUCGAACACUGCGGCCGCCAUCGUGUCCACGCUGCCCACCGCCGCCACUUCUUCUUCGUCGUCCCCGUCGAGCACGUCCACCUCUCUGACUGACUGCCCCGCCGCCAACGGCACCACCUACAACGUCCCCGGUUCCGGUACGACGUUCUUGCGUCUCUGCGGCAUCGACUUUUCCGGCACGGGUGCCGCCGUCGACCUCUCCCAUCUACCUACCACCAGCAUGGACGACUGCAUGAACAACUGUGCCGGCACCUCUGGAUGCACCGCCUGCGGCUGGGGCCCUGCCAACAGCAGCACCACCAGCAGCGGCGUCGGCAGUUCUGGCUUUGAGAAUUCGGGCAAGAAUUAUUUCCAGUGCUAUCUGAAGAGCACACUGGGCAGUAUCAAGACGGCUGUUUAUGCCGACAGUGAUUGGUGCUUUGCGAUUAUGCAAUAG